CCUACGGGUAAUAAACCCCACGAGCUAAAGGCGCCAAAGAGAGGCACUGACCAGGUUCAGAUGGCAUUUCCCAUCCGUCAUGUAAGGAACCUUGGCUAUACAGGGUGCCUUGUAUUAUAUCCAUGUCAGAAUCCCGAGGCCAACAAACAAUUGGUGAACAAACAAUGAUGAGAGGGGCCGCACCGGUGAUCUUGGCCAGUUUGAUCGUAGACGCUGUCGUCGGUCUCAAUCUCAAUGUAAGUUUGCUUAUGGGACUUUUGCUGUGGUGUACGUUUCAAGACCUAACCAACCGAUGACAUUAUACGGUUGAGCCUACAGUACCCACAAGCAGCGGGUUUCUGACUCUCUCGAUACAAUCUGCUUCGGCCUCUCCCAGGAGACUGAUUUCGAAUGACUUCGGUAUAUGUCGAAUUCCAACUCUCCCUAGUGGUUUUCGCUUCAGUCGCUCAUUACUUCGUUUUUCCCCUGUUACUUGCGUGUGACAAUUCCGCUCAUUAUGAAGUCCUUCGGCUUCUGUGCCGCCCUUUUGGCGCAGCUUUCCGUCAUCAUCCACUCGUUCCCAACGGCGGAGAACUUCGCCAAGCUUGCAUCUCGCGGGUUAUUGGAUACGUCUGAUAUCACACCUCAGGACUUGUAUGCAACUUUAUCCAAAAUAAAGAACAAAAGAUUGUUGUUUGACCCUCUCAAAACGCCAAUUGACGUUAGCGGCGACCAUACCUUCCAAGCUCCAGAUCUUGAUGGUGGUGACCAGCGUGGGCCGUGUCCAGGUUUGAAUGCCCUGGCUAACCAUGGAUACCUUCCACACGAUGGUGUAGUCGGGUUUUUGGAUCUCAUCGAGGUUGUAAAUACUGUCUAUGGCAUGGGUGUUGACCUGAUCACCGUCCUCUCUGUUAUGGGUACCGCCGGUGUUGGCAACCCUCUCUCCUUGACUCCCGGGUUCUCUAUUGGCGGCGAAACGCCAAAGUCUUCUAACAUCCUCGGAAACCUACUCGGCUUACUUGGCACUCCUAGGGGUCUUUAUGGCAGCCAUAACUGGAUCGAGGGAGACUCCUCCGGCACCCGUGAUGACCUCUAUGUCACCGGCAAUGCUUGGACUAUGAACAUGACCCUGUUCUUCGACAUCUACAACUCGAUCGAAGAUGUCCUGACCAUGGAGAUGAUUGGUUCUCGGGCAGCUGCACGAUUUAACGAGAGCAUUGGCAUAAACCCCUACUUCUACUACGGUCCAUAUACCGGUAUGGUUGCACGCAAUGCAGGUUACGCGUUUGUUGGACGUAUUCUCAGCAAUCACUCAACCGAUUAUCCACAAGGCAGCCACAUGACGAAGGAGGUAUUCGCCAGCUUCUUUGGCGUGUAUGAGGAGGAUGGUCAGCUUGUCUACAAAGAGGGUUGGGAACAGAUCCCUGAAAAUUGGUACCGCAUCUCGGUCGACUAUGACUUGGCCAGCCUCAAUCUGGACUUGGUCGCCUGGCUGUCUGAACAUCCGGUAUUGGCAAGCAUUGGUGGUAAUCUUGGCAAGACAAACAGCUUCGCUGGUCUCAACCUCGAGGAUGUCACCGGUGGUCUCCUGAAUGCGGUAUCAUUACUUGAGGGUAAUAACCUCAUGUGCUUUUCCUUGGAAAUCGUCAAGACGUUCGCCCCGAACUCGUUGUCGACAAUCUUCAGUACUCUCUCCACGCCUCUGCAACUGAUCAACGAUGCAAUCCUGGACCCAAUUCUGGAUCUCUCUUGCCCAACUUUCACUGAUCUCUCGGUUAAUGGUACCGAUCUACUAGAUGUUCUUGUUGACACCUAUCCGGGUGCUAGAAAGGGUAACUUCGCCCUGUAAAGGCCCAAGAGUUAGCGCUCUAUGCGACUUCAUGUAUUUUAAUACUCAACUUAUCAGCUUAUAUAGACGACUAAUUUUAAUCUUGAACGACC